AUGAUUAACCAAGUUGCACUUGUGCAUUUGAAAAUUCCCGACUGCAAAGAUUCUUUAAAUUCUGACUUAGUGAACAUGGCGCGCGCUGCAACCAAAGUCCGCCCCUACAAAGACUUUUUAACCCCAGCCUUACAUCGUAGAUUCGUAGCUGCAUUAUCUGUUUGUCUAGCAGUAUGCCACCUCGAAUCAAUUAUAAUUGGAGCAAAAAAUUCAUCUGGUAUCAGGACAUGUCUUCUCUUCUUAUCAAUAUUGUGUAUUUUUUUACUUCGAGUAGCUCAGCUCCAUGUCGGCAUAAGAACAUCAUUUUCGAGAUGGAGUAACUUCAAAACACAUGCUCUCAAAUUUCAAACUCUACAAACAAUGGCAUGGUACUGUACUUCAGCGUAUCUGUUCAGCGAAGUUUGUAUAUGGUCAGCACCUGGAAGUGCAGACUUAAGCCGAGUAAAGCUAAUUCCGAGAACAAACCGGACUAUUUUGAACGAGAAACCAAUUUACUUUACAAGCUUUUUCUUUAUUCUUGCAAUAUCACAAGCAAUUAUUCACCUUUUAUACGAUUAUGAUCGAAUUAAUAUACCAGCUCACACAAUAAAAGACUCAAGUGUACAUGAAUCAAAAUCUCUCACCCCAAUUCAGCAGUUGAAAUCUCAACUACCAGCCCUCAUUCGAGACUCUAUCAAACGACGAUUUGCCUGGAGUUUCAAUAGAUUUUGGGCUAAGAUAUUCUGGAUAUUACCGCGCUCAAACUCAUUGCCAACUACGUGGCCCUUUCACUGGAGCCUGUUAUGGAAAACAACAACUUCUGGAUUUUUGUUAGUUAUGCUAUGGGAGACCGGGAACUUGGCAUUCUCGGUUUACUCUUCGCAGGAACCGCUCAAGAAUGGAUUACCAAUAACUCACGAAUCCCGAGAUCCUAUUGGAAGCCUAUUGACUGGUUUGAGAGCGAAUAAAUUCCAAACAAGGGUUUUUGCAUUUUGGGAACUUGUAAAUAUAUCCAGGAAAUUUAAGAGUCAACGUAAAUCUAUUUUCGAAGAUAUAGAUAGAUCUGGAGGCUCUAGCUGGUCACAGAUUCGAGAUGCAUGCCUAAACGUGAUCACUGAGAUGACGGCUCGCAUAAACGAUUAUGAACAACCAAUUAUCUCUCCUAUUACUAGAAACGAAGAUAUACCUUCUUUGCCGCGCCUCUCUGAGCCCCUCCGAGAUAGUCUACUAGUGUCGGGUGAUAUUUUUCAAAAUAAUCAAACUUCAUCCACCACCGCCAAAGAGGUAGCAAGAGAUAUUAGCAAAUUUGCUAAGAAUCGAAGACAGCUCUUACAGACAGACACUCGAACUGGAGAUAAUAGAUUAGCUCAGGGCUCUGGGGAUGGCUUUUUUGUCGAAAAGCAGAGGCAGCUGAUGUCCAAAUCAGGAUUUGAUGAUUUGAUUAAGAGCUGGGCAACAAGAGUGUUACAAACAAACUUAGGAAGGCCCUUCCGGCAGGAAUAUAGGCAAAGAAUAGCCACAGUAGUUCUCGGCACUCCAUAUGGUGACGUUGGGGUCAUAAUUGACGCAAUCGAGUCGAUAGCCAAUCUUACGGUAUGCAGCCUCACCGAAGAUCAAUAUGGAAACGUUCAAAGAGAUGUCAAGCUGAUUGUUCAAACUUUUGUGUCCGCUAUUGCAACUUUAGAUAGGUUCAAAUCAAGUAUGGGAAGACACUGGACUGAUAUUAUGUCUAACCAAGUCAGUCCAGAGGUUGAUCAGAUAAUGUUCGCGCUUGGCAGUAGUUUAAGUGAUAUAUUGGAAGCGUUUAAAAAUUACACCAAGGACGUAGGAUUGAGUCUAUCAGAACUGAAACAAGCAAAAGAUUCGAUCGCAAAAACGGUCCCACAAUCAGCUUCGAACCUGAAGUUCCGCUAG